AUGAAGAUUUUUCCACUCAUAACUUUAUGCGUGAUAACUUCGGCGCACAAAAUUACUCAACUAAAAGUGCCGCUGUACGCAGAUCCACGGCGAGCAGCUGAGCUCAGUUGUCACUUUGAAAUGGAAGAUCAGAAACUUCAUUCUGUAAAGUGGUAUAGAGAUACACAAGAAAUAUUCCGAUAUAACCCAUCACAAAACCCUCCAAUACGCUUAUAUAAUGCAUCGGGAAUCAUUGUCCAAAGUGGUGAUUGUCAAACUGAUUCUUGUUUGGUAAGAGUAAUGCCACCCCCACUAGCGACAAGAGCAGCUUAUACGUGCGAGGUGUCAACUGAAGGCCCAAAAUUCCAAAUAGCUAGGCAAACCAAGCAUAUGACUGUUGUCGCAAUGCCAGAAAAGGAUCCAGUAAUAAUCGGAGCUCGGAAGCUAGUGAGGCCAGGGGAACAAUUACAUCUGAACUGCACCUCGGAUUAUUCCCUACCGCCGUCCGACAUUAAUUGGUACAUUGACAAUGAACUGCAAAAGCCUGGAGUCUGGCAACGUACAGAAUUGAGUGCUCCGGAACUUGGUGGUCUACGCGCUUCCUGGAGAAUAUUACGAAUCGUAGUACCACCGACAGCAAGUGGUGCUUUACAUGUUCGUUGCGAAGCUAUAUUAUUAGUGGAACCACCCGUUAUUCGCGACGUAACGGCAAUCGUCACUAUUCAUUCGCGUACACAGCUAUCCAAAUAUGUAUCAAAUGCAGGAUCUGCUGCUGGUGUUUGCAUAUUUUUAUGGAUUACCCUAAUACUAAAUGAUUUCAUUAAUACAUUGAUGUCUGGGAGCUUAUGA